GAUCUGAUUAUGUCCAUCAGUUUACUGAGUUCUAAUGCUAUUAUCUCAAAAAGUACGACAUGAUUAAUUUGCAUUGCUGUUACUGCAUGCGAGUAAAAGUUGCUGCAGCACAGUUGUGCAGAAUCACCGAUGGACAUCGUAAACGGAUGGGGCUCCUCCCCUGAAGAUGACAAGCCGCCCCUCCCCGUCAAUUUCGACUUCAUGUUGCCCAAGAAAGAGAUCAGCAUGGUUCCGGACAUGGGCAAAUGGAAACGUUCCCAGGCCUAUGCGGAUUACAUGGGGUUCAUCCUGACGCUGAACGAGGGGGUGAAGGGGAAGAAGCUGACCUGUGAAUACUCGGUGUCAGAGACUAUAGAGAAGCUCCUCUCAUUGCUGGACACACUGGACCGCUGGAUCGAUGAGACCCCGCCCGUGGACCAGCCCUCCCGAUUCGGGAACAAGGCCUACAGGACCUGGUACGCCAAGCUGGACCAGGAGGCAGAAGCCCUGGUGGCUGCAGUCAUCCCCGCAGACUGCAGUGCUGCUGCUCCAGAGAUCGCCGUGUAUCUGAAAGAGUCCGUGGGGAACUCCACCAGGAUAGACUACGGCACAGGCCAUGAGGCUGCGUUUGCUGCCUUCCUGUGCUGCCUGUGUAAGAUCGGGGCGCUCCGAGUGCAGGACCAGCUCUCCAUCGUGUUCAAGGUGUUCGACAGGUACCUGAUAGUUAUGAGGAAGCUGCAGAAGACGUACAGGAUGGAGCCGGCCGGGAGCCAGGGGGUCUGGGGGCUCGACGACUUCCAGUUCCUGCCUUUCAUCUGGGGCAGCUCCCAGCUCAUAGAUCACCCGACCCUGGAGCCCAGGCACUUCGUGGAGGAGAAGCUGGUGAACGAACACCACGUGGACUACAUGUUCCUGGAGUGCAUCAAGUUCAUUAACGAGAUGAAGACCGGCCCGUUUGCGGAGCAUUCGAACCAGCUGUGGAACAUCAGCGCCGUGCCCACCUGGUCCAAGGUCAACCAGGGACUCGUCCGAAUGUACAAGGCCGAGUGCCUGGAGAAGUUCCCUGUCAUUCAGCACUUCAAGUUUGGCAGCCUGCUCUCCAUUCAACCCGUAAAACCAUGAGAGAGGAAAGGGAGGGGUCGGCACGGGAGCUUGCCCCACCCACUGUGCCCCCAUGCUCCGCCCCCAGGGUACCGACCAUCACCCCUCAUUUAGAUGACCCCCUUUGCCACUUAGAGCUUCGGAAUGCUACGCCCACUCCUUUUUAUUUAUCAACUUUUUUAUGUUUUUGUUUUCUGGGGGGGUGCUCUUCAUUAACUGCACCUUCACAAUUCAUACUGUAUAACACAUGCAUAAGCCCUACACAAGAGAGACGUAACAGCCAUAUGAGGCGUUCGUAAAAUGCCUUUUUACAUGCUUGACAGUGCACUUUGAAGAUGAUGAUAAUCGGUAAAUUUUGGGCUAUUGAAAUAAAGUGCGUUGUGUAAACAUUGUAGUAUUUCACUGGGUGUAUUUGAGACAGUAUACAUUUAAUUCUAGCCAUACGGGAACUGAGUUCCAUGUAGGGCACUCAAACUUUACAGUGUUUUAAAAGUUUUACCAGUCGUGAUUUGCAAUGUGUGAAGCAUGCAAAAACGCACAAGUACUCUAUAUGGUGCUUAUACCGCUCUUUACCGUGCUUAUGAAUAUGCCAUGUAUGAGUUAUGAAGAUACAAUUAAUCUGCCUUACCUUUUUUUUAAAAUUAUUAUUCCUUUUGAAAUUUGUACCCAAAUCCUCCAAGACUUUUUUUUAUGUUUGAUGUGUGUGUGGUAGAAGAAGCAGUCGAGCAGUCACAGAAAAACUCCAGUACCGUGUGCAUAUUUAUACCUGUGUCUAUUUAUUGAGUUAGAUAUACAUGUACAGCAAGCUCUACGCGAGGCUGAGACACGGUAGGAACGGCCUCGCUAGACGAACGCAUCAUAAUGGAGA